CUUCUCCCUACCGACAAUUGACUGACAAAUGGAGGCCUUGUGCUUAAAGCAAAGAACCCACUAAAGCUGCACAAUGUAAACCACACUCUUCCCAAUUCCUACCCGUUUCCACUUUCGUCAUCCAAACCAGCCAAACUCUUUCUAUAUUGAUUCUCCCCGGCCUCCUUCCCCCUCGAACUCCCCUUCUCACUUCCUUUUCUUAAAAAUCUAUCCUUUUGGCAAAUUUCUCCAAGAUGGGUAUCAAAAUUUUCAUGGCUUCUUUCAUGCUAACCUCAAUGUUGUUCUUAAUUCUUUAUAUGCCCACCAGAUUAACCAUGCCCAUCUCCAGCGUCAGGCCCGUGAUGAAAUAUUUUAAUGUCUCAAAAACCAGCAAAGCGUAUCCAGUUUCUUUUGCUUAUCUGAUCUCGGCAUCCAAAGGAGACGCCGAAAAGCUCAAGAGGUUGAUGAAGGCGCUGUACCAUCCGGGGAAUUACUAUUUGAUUCAUAUAGAUUAUGGAGCACCCGAAUCAGAAUUUAGGGAUGUUGCUGAGUUUGUGGCCGGAGACCCUGUUUUUGGUGAUGUGGGGAAUGUUUGGGUUGUGGGGAAGCGUAAUUUGGUCACUUAUAGAGGACCAACAAUGCUUGCUGCCACCCUUCAUGCUAUGGCUUUGCUUCUAAGGACUUGCCAGUGGGACUGGUUUAUUAAUCUUAGUGCCUCUGAUUAUCCCUUAGUUACACAAGAUGAUCUGAUCCAAGCGUUUUCUGAGUUGCCAAGGCAUAUCAAUUUCGUGCAGCAUAGCAGUCGUCUGGGUUGGAAACUGAAUAAGAGAGGCAAGCCAAUAAUCAUAGACCCAGGGCUUUACUAUCGCAAUAAAUCAGAGAUUUCGUGGGUCAUUAAGCAAAGAAGUUUGCCGACAUCCUUCAAACUCUAUACAGGUUCAGCAUGGACCAUAUUAUCAAGAUCAUUUGCGGAGUACUGCAUUGUGGGGUGGGAAAAUCUGCCAAGGACAAUGCUUUUGUACUACACUAAUUUUGUGUCAUCACCUGAAGGGUAUUUCCAGACAGUAAUAUGCAAUUCUGAAGAGUACAAGAACACCACAGCUAACCAUGAUCUUCACUACAUCACUUGGGAUGUGCCUCCGAAGCAACACCCGAGGUCUCUUGGUCUCAAAGAUUAUCGCAAAAUGGUUCUGAGCAGCCGGCCGUUUGCCAGAAAAUUCAAGAAAAACGAUGCAGUUCUUGAUAAAAUCGAUAAAGAACUUCUCAAGAGGCAUCGUGGGCAAUUUUCUUCUGGAGGAUGGUGUUCUAGUGGCGGCAGAAACAGAGGAUGCUCUGAUUUUAGAAUUGAGAAUUUUGGCGUCCUCAGCCCCGGCCCUGGUCAUAGGAGGUUGAGAAAUUUGCUAUCCAAGCUUCUCUCUAAUAGAUUUUUCUACAAACUGCAAUGCAGAUGAACAAAUCAUUACUUCAUGUCUCCUGAGUUUUGUAAUUUUUGAGGUUUCUAUUUUUCAGUCAAUAAUGUUGGAUAUAUGGGGAUUCAUCAUGUAAAAGGGCAAGGAUUGAUUAUUAUCACUGGCAAAAAAAUUUUAUCCGAGUA